UUUUUAUAUGCUAAUCAAUGUAGUCAUAUGGCUCCUGUAACAACGCAAUGGAAUAUUUAUUUGUAUGAAUUAAGAAAAAAGACCACAUCGACGCCACCUUGUUAGUGGCUGUCGUAAUUGUCUCGGUAGGUCUCCUCUAUAUUCCGGACGUAAUUCAACGGAGGAUCAUAAUAAUAUAGAAGGGUAAGAGGUUUCCAGUGCUACCAUAACCAAGCCCAAGAGUUGCAAAGUUCGUCUGACCACGGCCGCGUGGGCCUGAACUUCCAUCAUUCCGUAGGCCUGGCCCAGCUACGCGAAGAAUAACAACAAUUCGGUAUACAGCCUUUCUGUCCAAUCCCACAGUCCAUUCGAGCCCACCCAGCCCACCCCGCAUUCCCCCCAGCGGCCACAUUAAACAAGCACAAAGGCGGCAACCUCCUAGAACCUUCCCAGAAAAUUUCCGUCCAAACCCCCUCCUCUUCCCGCUUUCCCACCGCAACCGGCUGACGUGUCCGCGCGAGACUCCCGCCUCCACGCGGUCCCCACCAGGGGCAGACUCGUCAUCUCCCACCCCGAACCGACCCCGCUUCCGCCCCGCCUAUAAAACCUCUCCACCGCCCCCAGAUUUUCCCCCGUCCUGAUCCGAAACCGCCAGAAAUCCCGCCGCUCCCGCGCGCGCGCGAACCCAUCCGAACGAAAAUUUCCAAAUCCACCCAAAUCCUGCCCGUGCCCCGUCCCAGAUUUCAAACCGCCGCAGAUUCCCGGGCUCCAGAGCCGAUCGGAUCUGACGCCGGGCCAGUAGUUAACCAACCAACCGAGCCACCCGAAUCCGGGGCCGGCGAUGGCGGUGAUCACGGCGCGGCCGCCGAAGCGGGCGCGGGUGACGGCGGGGCCGCGCCCGCUGGACAUGCGGGCGUUCCCGGCCGGCGGCGGCGGGGGGGAGGGGCUGCCGCCGCCGCGGGGUCCGUUCCGGGAGUGCGUGCGGGCGUUCCUUGCGCGCUGCGCGGUGCCGGUGGGCGGCGCGUGCUGGGUCGCCUUCCGCGCCGGGGACGAGGGCGGGGCGGCCCUGGGGAUGGAGGUGGUGGAGGAGGACGUGGCCAGGGCCGGGGCCGCCCGGGUCUACUGCGAGCACUGCACCGUCGCCGGCUGGAGCAGGCACCCUGUUUGUGGGAGGAGGUACCACUUCAUAAUCAGGAAUGAAUAUGACAUACAGGGCAACAAAACCUGCAAGCACUGUGGGCUUAUGGCCCAAUUGUUUGAAACGAGGUGCCCGUCAUGCAACCAUGGGAUAUCUUAUGAUGAUCCAGAAGAUUGGGAUUAUAGGCAGUUAGAUAAUCCACGUCAUUUGCUGCAUGGUAUUGUUCAUGACAAUGGGUUCGGCCACCUUGUCCAGAUAAAUGGCAGAGAGGGUGGUUCUAGUCUUCUGACAGGGAUUCAACUGAUGGAUUUCUGGGAUCGGCUUUGCAGAUACCUCAGAGUCAGAAAGGUCUCGUUGAUGGAUGUCUCUAAGAAGUAUGGAACGGACUACCGUAUGUUACAUGCUGUCGCCACUGGUCAUUCUUGGUAUGGCCAAUGGGGAUUCAAACUCAGCAAAGGGAGCUAUGGAAUCACAUCAGAAGAAUACUUUAAAGCUAUAGACAACCUUUCCUCAACUCCAUUAUCGCACUUCUUCCCACAUUCCCGAUCUCCUCGAAGCCAGCUACAAGAUACCAUUUCAUUCUACCAAUCCCUUUCAAAUCGCCCUCUAACCACAAUUCGUGAACUUUUCCUCUAUGUGCUGGGGCUUGCCACCAGCAAGAGGGUGCAUAUCCACUAUGGGUCAAUGCAUAAAAAAGAACAAUCACAUGCCCAUGUUCAAGACACAUGGGAUGAGGAGGAAAUAAAGAGAGCUACAGACAUUGCUCUAAAAGUUCUUCGAGCUGUUGAUAGGACAAGGUGGGUGGCGAUGCGAACCCUUAAGGCAGCCAUAUCCCAUCCAGUCGGUUCACCUCAGCUGGUCGAUUACUGCCUCAAGACCCUUGCUGCAAGAACAAUUGAUGGAAUGACAGUUGCAGUGAGAUGCAACAGUGAGACAAAAACACUAGAGUACAGGCUUACGGAUGAAACCAACUUGAGGCCCAAUGUAUCCAUGCCGACCCAAGACCAUCUUCGCCGUGACAUAAAGUUCUUGCAUGAUGUUCUCCUCUACCCACAUACAAUGAAUCCUUACCAGCUGGAAAAAGACUAUGAGCAUGCCAAGAGAUCUGCCAUGAUCCUUUUGGACUGCAAGCAAUUCACCAAGCAUUAUGAUCUGGAACAGGAUUUCUUGCCAGAAAACCCAUCCAUGUUGCACAUUUGGUGCCAUAUAGAGCUGUUAGACCAGGUUGGGGAUCCGCCUUCCAUACCACCGGAGCUCCUAACACUUCCGCAAACAGCAACUGUUGCUGAUCUGAAGUUGGAGGCAACCAAGACAUCUCGUGACAUCUAUCUGAUGUUACAGACUUUUGUAGCCAACCAGCUUCUUGAUUAUGGUACAGCAAGUGAGUCAACUCAAGUCAAACUCUUAUUUGGAGCAAAUGGGACUGUUCGCAUCCAAGGCAAGUGUGCUGGGGGUGAACGCAGGGUUGGAAUUUACCGGAUGGAGAGAGGCGUGGACAAAUGGACAGUCAAUUGCUCUUGUGGAGCCACGGAUGAUGAUGGUGAGAGGAUGCUGUCUUGUGACUCUUGUCAUGUGUGGCAGCACACUAGAUGUGCUGGUAUCAGUGAUUUUGAUCAGGUGCCAAAGCGAUAUGUAUGUAAAUCAUGUAAAUUUCUCAACAAGCCUAAGAGGCCUAGGCCAGUUUAUAGUAACGGCCCUAACAAAAGAUGCAAGACUGGCACAGGUGCCUUAAGACUUGUAGAGGUGGGGCAUUUUUGAAGCCUCACAUCUUUUGACAUGUACAUAUCUGUAACAAUUGAGUGAAUAUGAGACAUGUCAAAUUUUCCUUGGUGUUA